GUACAGAGCAGAGGGGCUGCAGUGUUAUUGUAAUCCCAAUGGUCUCGUGUUACCUGUGGAAGGGUAUGGUGACAGACGCUGCUAAACACACAUGCACGUUCACUUACUUUCUGCUCUUCCACAGAGGAGCUGCAGUCCUCACCGGAGGCUUUGAGGAUUUCCUCUGAUCCGCCGCCGUCCUCCUCCUCCUCCUCCUCCAGCUAUGAUCUUCACAGCAGAGCAGGUGGCCUGCGUGUGCGAGGUCCUGCUGCAGGCCGGCCGCAUGGACCGUCUGACCGGCUUCCUCCACACGCUGCCCCCUCCCCCCUGCUCCUCAUCCUCCCCCGGGGAGCAGGAGAGCGUGCUCAAGGCUCGGGCGGCAGUGGCCUUUCACCAGGGCCGCUUCUCGGACCUCUACGCCCUGCUGGAGGGCUUCCCCUUCUCCCCGCCGAGCCACCCGCUGCUGCAGCAGCUGUGGCUGCGGGCCCACUACACGGAGGCCGAGAGGCAGAGGGGCCGGCCCCUGGGGGCCGUGGGGAAGUACCGCGUGAGGAGGAAGUUUCCCCUGCCUCACACCAUCUGGGAUGGAGAGGAGACCAGCUACUGCUUCAAGGAGAAGUCUCGCAGCAUCCUCAGGCAGUGGUACCAUCAGAAGCCUUACCCCUCCACCCGGGAGAAGCGGGAGCUGGCGGCCGCCACCGGGCUCACCGCCGUUCAGGUCAGCAACUGGUUCAAGAACCGUCGACAGAGGGACAGGACCGCCGACACCCCCGGUUUCCAGGCGUCCCGGUUUGGAGGGUCUGAUCAUGACCUUUCACCCCCAUGCAGCCCCCUGCUCCAGUACCACCUCUGCCACCCCCCUCCGCCCCUCGUCCACACGCCUCCUCCUCCGCACCGCAGCCGCUGACUACAUUCAAAACGUCACAUCGGAAUUUUAUUACCAAACUGUGAUUGAGGAGACACAGAACAGCACACAGGACCGACGGCAGAACAGGGCGUCGUACAGCGCCUCUAAACACACGGAGCAGCUCACAGACGCGACGUAAAGCCCUGCUGUGGAUCUCCACAGAGUUCACACAUGGAAACAAGACGUACAGUCAGACUCUUCACCUGUUAAAGGGACUGUGCUGGUGUAAUGUUCCUAAUGUUCUGUAGCCACACAAUUUAACUAGUCAGAGGUUCUUCAGUGUAUCCGACUUCCCAACAUUCCGACGAGAGAAACUGAAUAAACUUGCUUUAUGUUUGACCCAGA